GGCUGCGGCGGCGGCGGCGGCAGGAUGGGGCUGAGCGCGGAGGAGGCGGCGGAGCAGGAGGAUCGCUUCGAUGGGAUGCUCCUGGCCAUGGCCCAGCAGCACCAGGGCGGCGUGCGCGAGCUCGUGAACACCUUCUUCAGCUUCCUGCGGCGCAAAACAGACUUCUUCACUGGGGGAGGAGAUGGAGUAGCAGAGAAGCUGAUCACAGACACCUUCAAGCACCACGACAAACUGGCUCAGAAGGAGAGGAAGGAGAAGAAGGCUCGGGAGGAGGCAGAGCGGCGCGAGAGGGCAGAGCGAGCUGCCAAGCUGGCCAGAGAGAAGCCAGAAGCCAACGAGCCCAAGAUUAAGGAGCUCACAGAUGAGGAAGCAGAGAGGCUGCAGCUGGAAAUCAACCAGAAGAAGGAGGCACAAGGGCAGCCCAGCAGCGUCCCCCCGAGCAGCUCCAAGGAGGAAGGAGAAUCUCCAGAGUCCAACAAACAGGAAACAGAUGAUGAAGAGGAAGAUGAGAAGGAUAAAGGAAAACUUAAACCCAACUCUGGUAAUGGAGCUGACCUUCCAAAUUACAGAUGGACACAGACCCUGUCAGAGCUGGAUCUGGCAGUGCCCUUCCAGGUAAGCUUCAGGCUGAAGGGGAAGGAUGUGCUGGUGGACAUCCAGCGGCGGCGCCUCCGGGUGGGCCUGAAGGGCCUCCCCCCUGUCAUCGAGGGAGAGCUCUUCAACGAGGUGAAGGUGGAGGAGAGCUCCUGGCUGAUCGAAGAUGGCAGAACAGUCACCGUGCACCUGGAGAAGAUCAACAAGAUGGAGUGGUGGAACCGGCUGGUGUCCACGGACCCCGAAAUCAACACCAAGAAGAUCAACCCAGAGAACUCCAAGCUGUCGGACCUGGACAGUGAGACCCGCAGCAUGGUGGAGAAGAUGAUGUACGACCAGCAGCAGAAGUCCCUGGGGCUGCCCACCUCUGAUGAGCAGAAGAAGCAGGAUAUCCUGAAAAAGUUCAUGGAACAGCAUCCAGAAAUGGACUUCUCAAAGGCUAAAUUCAACUGAGGCCUCCCCUCCUCCCCCUCAGUCAGCCCACGGCCCGGGGCAGGAUCUGUGUUGUUGGAUGUCCCCACCCUGGGCAAGUGACCACUCCGAGCUCCCCACCCGAGUUUGUCCUGGGUGGAGCAGGGCAGGAGGCCACAGCCUGCAGCAGCUCCACUCAGAGCCAUCUGUGACACUUCUUAAAGGGCAGACAGGAGACAGGGAGGGUUUGGGGCCAACAGAGGGGGUGAGGGCUGCAAGAGCCAGGCUGCAGAGGGCUGGGGGCACAUCCUGGGUGUGCCACUUGGCUUUCUCUCCUGGCUCUUCAGAGCUGCUGAGCCUCUCUCUGCCAUUUCAGUUGGGCAGUGGAGUACCCCUGGGGUGUUGCUGCCCUUCCCUUGCCUGUGCUGCUCACUCAGUUUAUUUUGUACAGCAGUUCUCCUCCUGCCUCCUCGGGAAGGGGAUAAGCAGCCUGAACCCCCCAGCUCCUGCAGCACGGAGACUCUGCUGCUGCCCUUGCCAGAGGGGGAGCAGCCCAAGCCCUGCAGGGCUCUGUCCUGCUGCAGAGGCUGCCCUGCUGCCCUCCUGCAAGGGAAGGCUGUGGGCAGGGGAGAGGAAUGGGGAGGGGGUGUUUGGGGUGCUGGUUUUGCUGCGUGUGGCUCUUGCCUCUCCUCUUGCUGAGCUCUGCCAGGUGUGGCUGUUCUGUGCUGGGCUGCUGCUGGCAGCUGGCAUCACUCUGCAUGUUCCUCUCUGUGUCAAGCUGCAGUGCAACAUAAAGUGACAAAAGCUGCA